AAGCCAGAGAUCGAUUCAUUCUGAAGCACGGAACAUGGCAUUCUGUAUAAUUUGAUCCCACUUGAUUAUAUACGUCCGAAUAAUUUUAAUGUGCCUGACAGCUCAUCAAUUUCCCCGCACAGAUACGAAUGAGCUGAGAUCUUGUUUUGUGUCGAACCACCACAAAAACCUAUCAUUUCGCACACUAUAAAUGCGCUACCCUAGCUUCAUAAUUUAGCACCAUCAAAGAAAAAGCAGAAGCCUUCUCUUUCUCAUCUCUUAAAACUUAGUUGAGUUCAACAAAUGGCUUCCCCUAAAAAUGUUUCCCUGGCUCUGUUCCUCACACUCAACGUUCUCUUCUUUUCUUUGGUCAGUUCAUGCAAGACUUGCACCGGAAGCCUUCCGGUCAUUCCCGAGGUUCCUACUGGAAAAUGCCCUAGAGACCAACUCAAGCUAGGAGUCUGCGCUGAUGUACUUAACUUGGUGAAGAACGUUGUCGUCGGAGCUCCUCCAACGCUGCCAUGUUGUGCUCUCCUUGAGGGUCUUGUCAAUCUUGAGGCGGCUCUUUGCCUUUGCACUGCAAUUAAGGCCAACAUUUUGGGCAUCAACCUCAAUCUUCCUGUUGCGCUGAGCCUAGUUCUUAACAACUGUGGGAAGACACUACCCAAUGGCUUUGAAUGUACCUAAUUAGCUAUAUAUGAUCUUAAACCAAGUUUAAAUCUUAUAUUGCUGCAGAUGUGUUUGGGAUUUGUUGUAAUUUCUUUUAUUAAUGCGACUUCUUGUUGCACUUUCUUUGUAUCAAUAUCAUUUGGUGGAUGAAUAAAAUUUUAUUCUGCAA